AUGGUGGAGUGGGAAAAAUAUUAUAUGGAUAUAAUGUUUGUACCAUGUGGAUUUCUCAUCCUUGUUUUAUAUCAUUUCUGGUUAUGGCAUAUGACUCGAACACAGCCAUUCACCACAACUUUGGGAAGAGAUGCAGAUGGUCGAAGAUUUUGGGUUCUUGCGAUGAUGAAGGAUAUUGACAACAACCUCGUUGGAGUCCAAACUAUUCGAAACCUAAUAAUGGGAACAACCCUUAUGUCAACAACAUCAAUUUUGCUAUGUGCUGGUCUAGGAGCAAUUAUAAGCAGCACAUAUAGUGUUAAAAAGCCAAUGAAAGAAUCAGUUUUUGGAGCACAUGGUGAAUUUGUUGUAGUACUAAAAUAUGCAAUAGUACUAACCAUAUUAUCAUUCUCAUUUGUGUGCAACACUCUAUCUUCAGCAUUUAUCAAUCAAGUUAAUAUGCUAAUAUCCAUUCCACAAAAUGUAAAGUCUAUGGUGACCCCUGAGUAUUUGUCCCAACAUCUUUCAAAGGCUAUGCUAUUAAACAUAGUUGGAAAUAGGCUUUUUUAUACAGCAAUUACACUUCAACUUUGGAUCUUUGGGCCUUUGUUACCUUUCCUCUCUUCAAUGCUAAUGGUUUGUAUACUAUACAAUCUUGAUUUUGUCGGUGGGACCCGCCCUAAGAACGAAGAGAUGGAUUUUAUUCAUAGUGAUGCAUGA